CACCGGGCGCGGCAGUAUCGCUGGGCUGGGAACCACCUCGUACGGCGGAUGGAGGGGGGUGGUGAGCGAGUGGUGCCUCGGGUGGGGGAGCGGGAGCGUCUCAUCCGAGACGUGCACGAGCGCGCAGGGCACUUCGGGGUGAAGAAGACCCUUUCCCUGCUGGCUCCCCACUACUGGUGGUUGGGAUUGGCUACGGACGUCGCGCAGGUGGUGCGCGGCUGUGAGGCGUGUGAUCGGGUAAAGGCGGCCUUCAACGUCAAGCACCCGACGCUGCAGCCACUGCCGAUCAAAGGGCUGUUUUACAGGUGGGGCCUGGAUUUUGCUGGGCCUUUGCCCAAGUCCAGCAGAGGCCAGCAGUAUGUGCUGGUCAUGGUCGAGCAUUUCAGCAAGACCAUAAUCCUGGCGCCCACCCAAGACAAGGAGCCGGGCACGGUGGCGGGGGUGUUUACCCGCGAGGUCUUGACCCGGUUUGGAGCGUGCGCGGAGGUGGUCACGGACAGGGGUGGGGAGUUCGGGGGCGAAUUCCAAGCAUGCCUGGAUGCGGCCCUGAUCGACCACAGGGCGACGUCGGCCUACCAUCCGCAGGCCAAUGGGUUGAACGAGCGGGUCGUGGGGUUGGUGAAGCGGGCUUUGCGCAAGUGGUGUCUGGGGCAUGCAGCAGAGGAGUGGGACGUCUACCUGCCGUGGGUGGCCAUGGGCUACAACUUCAGCGCGCAGGCGUCCCUGGCUGGCUUCUCCCCUUACCAGAUCCUGUUUGGCAGGGACCCGGUGGUCCCUGGGGCAAUCAAGGUGGCGCUGGAGGAGCCGUUGGACUUGGACCACCCAGAACGGCUGAAGGCGCUGGUGGCGCAGCGGGCGGCGCUGUUCCGAAGGUGGAUGCCCAUGGCGAUGGGAAACCUUCAGAUUGCACAGCACCGCGACACGCUGCGGUACGCGAAGACGCGCAGCGGGGCUUGGAAGCCGCAGCUGAUCCAGUACGGGGUGGGUGAUUACGUUUACCUCCAGCGUGAGAUGCUGGACACGCUGGACAUCCGGGCGGGAGAGCGCAUCCUGCGCAUGCGGUCGGUGGAGGCAAACGGCGUGCUGGAGCUGGAGGGGUCGGAUGCGAGGACAGUGCGGGUGCACGUGGAGAGGUGUGCCCCGUGCCACCGCCCCGACGUGGACGGGAGGUUGGACCCGCGGGCGGCAGUGCCGUCCCCAGACUUUGCGUGCACACGGUGUAAGAAGGCGACCGGGGCUGCGCGGAUGCUCUUGUGUGACGGAUGCGGGGCGGGGUGGCACUUGGAGUGCCUUGAUCAGCCCCUGUCGGCAGUCCCGGAGGGGGACUGGUAUUGCGGCCGGUGCAGGACAGCUCAGGACUUGCUGGCGCGGGAGUCUGCGGCGCCGUGGGUGGGCCCUGCUGAGCGGGCGCGCGCACAGGGCCCAGGAGGGGAUAGUGCGGCAGCAUGCUAUUGGCUGUAUUUAUGGUGUCGAGAUGCCUAG